CCAUCCAAAAUAAUAUUCCACCGAGAUUUCCACGCCCAUUCGCCUUAUAUUUUUUAAUUUUUAAAAAAUAUUUUAUUUUCCGAUCCGGAUUUUUAUUUUACUAAAAAAGACCAAACCUUAUUCAGUAAGCUCUCUUUUGGUGUUCCAAUUUCUAUUCCUAUCUUUUCUGAUUCUGAAUACUAUCUGAUCAGUGUAGUAGUAGAGGUCAAGAUAUUUAUCUUCCUGUUUUGUCUCUUCUUUCAUAAUUCCGAACUAGUUCUUGCUUCUAUUGAUUUUUCCUUCUCUGGGAUUAGGGUAUUACAAUUGUUUGAGGAGUUCAUCAGGUUAUUAUUUUCGCUUCUGCUGCAGUUCAAAAUAAAAAUGAUAAUGAAAAUGAAAAUGGAGGGUGUUCAAGAUUCUGUAACUCGUUUUCUUGGAAAACUCAAAUUUCUAUUCCGGAAGUUUGUGUUUGCUGUGCUCUCCGUGGGUCCGAUUCCCACUCAUAUCGCUUUUAUUAUGGAUGGAAACCGGAGGUUUGCCCGCAAACACAAUUUGAAAGAUGGGUCUGGUCACAGGGCAGGGUUCCUGGCUCUUAUGUUGAUGUUGCGGUAUUGCUAUGAGUUAGGGGUUAAGUAUGUUACUGCAUAUGCCUUCAGCGUUGAUAAUUUCAACCGUGAUCCUGAAGAAGUUAAGCAUGUGAUGGAUCUGAUGGUGGAGAAAAUAGAAGAGUUACUCAAGGAAGAGAGCAUUGUCAAUAGUUAUGGGGUUAGGUUGCAUUUCAUUGGGAACUUGAAGCUCUUAAGUGAGACUGCUAGGGCAGCAGCUGAGAAAGCUAUGGCAGCCACGGCCAAGAAUAACACUGUUGUAUUACUGAUAUGCGUAGCAUAUUCUUCUACAGAUGAGAUUGUGAACGCUGUCCAAGAAUCUUAUAACGAGAAGCUGCAUACAUUGCAAGACUUGAAUCCAAAUGGCUCGAACGAUAAUCAGAUUAAUGUUGGCUAUAGUGAGAAAGAUCUGGAGUUUGCAGUUAAGUUGUCAGAUCUAGAGAGACGCAUGUACAUGUCUGUUAGCCCUGAUCCUGACAUUUUAGUUCGUACAUCAGGUGCCAAUCGUUUGAGCAAUUUUCUUCUCUGGCAAUCUACACACACGUAUUUGUAUUCUCCUGCGGCACUUUGGCCAGAGAUCUCUUUAUGGCACUUGAUAUGGAUGGUCUUGAACUUCCAACGAAUCAAACAUAAUUUGGAGAAGAAAAGGAAGCAACUAUAGGCAUAAGUUUGUUUGUCAUUUUCUGUAGUUACUUAUGUGGUAGUUCAAUUGACAUUCCAGACUUUUCUACUUUAAUUCUCCACCUAGCUAGAUAAGAUCCAUUUGGGGAAUAUUUGCAGUCGUAACGGAGGGAUACAAAGUAAAAAAGGAUGGUUGCGUUGGUAGACCUUUUUCUUUUACCCUAUUCGAUUUGUUAAAUUGCUUCCCCAUAUCUAUAAAGAAAUAUAAUGAUGAUUACAAUUAUACUACUCAAUUUGUUCUUUAACUAUGUAAGUUUUCGUGCCUACAGCUUCUUUUACGAUGCUUGUGGGUUAUUUAACGAAAGAGUGUUUCAAGUAA